AUGUUUUCUAUAGAGAAAUUAGAUUUUGAUGGUGUUCCUGACAAGCAUAGUUCUUCUGAGAAUUUUGGCAGUGGGCUAGGAGGGAACAUUUCAAAACAACCACAAUUUGAUGGAGAACAAGAUUGGGGGGAAUCAGGAGGCAUCAAUUCAUUUUGCUCUGAUGUUGGGUUCUUCCAAGAUGACAUAGCCGAGGAAGAAAUCCAUCGUGAACAACAGCUACAAUUGUUUUCGCAAUUGGGGAGUUUAGAUGAUCUAUAUUUUGAUAUUGUCUCUCCACCAUUGCAACCGUGUCAUGAAGAAUUUUCAAAGCUUGUCGAUGUCCAUUCUGACAGUUCAGAGACGGCGGGUGAACUCUCUGUGCUAAGCCAUCCAUAUGCUAGUUCAUUUUUGGGCCUAUCUGAUGAAGAGGCUAAAGGUGUGGAACUCGUCCAGUGUCUUCUAACUUCAGCUGAGAAAGUAAGCCAGCAACAAUUUGAGUGUGCAAUCAAGCUUCUCGACCAGUGUGAUGCCUCAUCUUACUAUAAAGGAAAUACUGUUCAAAGAUUAGUAUACCAUUUUUCUGAAGCUCUAAGAGAAAAGAUUGAUCGUGAAACAGGAAGAGUCUCAUUGAACGGUUUGGGAAGGAAGCAAUUAGAUCUCAAAGAUGCAAUGAUGAGCCCAAACUCCACAAUUGUUUCAUUCUACCAAAAGGUGCCCUUCACUCAGGUUUGCCUCUUCACUGGAGUACAAGCUAUAGUCGAGAACAUAGCAGAGGCGAAAAAGGUCCAUCUAAUUGACCUUGAGAUCCAAGGUGGGGUGCACUGUAUGAUAUUGAUGGAAGCUCUUGUAGCUCGACAUGAAUGUGCCCUUGAGCACAUGAAGAUAACUGCUAUUGGAACUAAAUCCAAACCAAAAAUUGAGGAGGCUGGUAAGCGGUUGAUUAGUUUUGCCGAGUCCAUGAACAUAUCAUUCUCUUUCAAUGUAGUUAUGGUAGCAGACAUGCUAGAUCUCAAUGAGGGCCUCUUUGUGCUGGAUGAUGAGGAAGCAGUUGUUGUAUACUCUAUAUAUUUAUUGACAAGGAUGAUUACAUGGCCUGAUCGACUGGAAUGUUUGAUGAGAUUGAUGAGAAACAUUAAUCCUUCCGUGAUAGUUGUCACUGAACUUGAGGCCAACCAUAAUUCACCAGUUUUUGUUAACCGUUUCAUUGAAACUCUUUUCUUUUAUGCUGCAUUUUUUGAUUCUAUGGAAGACUGUAUGUCUGAUGAUGAACCAAAUAGAACAAUUUCAGAAUCACUUUACUUUAUUCCAGCUAUUCGAAACAUAGUGGCAGCUGAGGGAGAGGAGAGGACAAUUCGACAAGUGAAUAUCAACGUCUGGAGGACAUUUUUCACCAGAUUUGGGAUGGUGGAGAUGAGUCUGAGUAAGUCUGCCUUGUACCAAGCAGAACUGAUGCUUAAGAACUUUGCUUGUGGCAGUUCUUGCACACUUGAAUUGGAUGGGAAAAGCCUACUAAUUGGUUGGAAGGGAACACCAAUUGAGUCUCUUUCUGCCUGGAAAUUUCAAUGA